AUGCAGCCGCCGCCCGCCCCCAUGGCCUCACUCCUGUGCCUCUUCCUGCUCGGGCUCCUGAGAAGAAGCCUGGGCACCGACACGGAGGAGCGGCUGGUUGAGCACCUCCUGGACCCGUCCCGCUACAACAAGCUGAUCCGCCCGGCCACCAACGGCUCGGAGCUGGUGACCGUGCAGCUCAUGGUGUCGCUGGCCCAGCUCAUCAGCGUGCACGAGCGGGAGCAGAUCAUGACGACCAACGUGUGGCUGACACAGGAGUGGGAGGAUUACCGCCUCACCUGGAAGCCAGGGGACUUUGACAACAUGCGGAAGGUGCGCCUGCCCUCCAAGCACAUCUGGCUGCCGGAUGUUGUCCUCUACAACAAUGCCGACGGGAUGUACGAGGUCUCCUUCUACUCCAACGCGGUGGUCUCCUACGACGGCAGCAUCUUCUGGCUGCCCCCGGCCAUCUACAAGAGCGCCUGCAAGAUCGAGGUCAAGCACUUCCCCUUCGACCAGCAGAACUGCACCAUGAAGUUCCGCUCGUGGACCUAUGACCGGACGGAGAUCGACCUGGUGUUGAAGAGCGACGUGGCCAGCCUGGACGACUUCACGCCCAGCGGCGAGUGGGACAUCAUCGCCCUGCCAGGGCGGCGGAACGAGAACCCCGACGACUCCACCUACGUGGACAUCACCUAUGACUUCAUCAUCCGCCGCAAGCCGCUCUUCUACACCAUCAACCUCAUCAUCCCCUGCAUCCUCAUCACCUCACUGGCCAUCCUGGUCUUCUACCUGCCCUCCGACUGCGGCGAGAAGAUGACGCUCUGCAUCUCCGUGCUGCUGGCCCUCACCGUCUUCCUGCUGCUCAUCUCCAAGAUCGUGCCGCCCACCUCGCUGGACGUGCCGCUGGUGGGCAAGUACCUGAUGUUCACCAUGGUGCUGGUGACCUUCUCCAUCGUCACCAGCGUGUGUGUGCUCAACGUGCACCACCGCUCGCCCACCACCCACACCAUGCCGCCCUGGGUCAAGGUGGUCUUCCUGGACAAGCUGCCCACCGUCCUCUUCAUGAAGCAGCCGCGCCAGAACUGUGCCCGCCAGCGGCUGCGCCAGCGCCGGCAGAACCAGGAGCGGGCCAGCAGCAGCUUCUACCUGCGGGAGAGUGCCCGCUCCUGCACCUGCUUUGCCAACCAGGCCACCAUCCAGAAGUUCGGUGCGGGGGGCGGCCGGCAGUUCACCGAAGCGGCUGACAGCGCCAAUGGCUACCGGGAGCGGCAGGGGCAGGCCCCAGCACCCAGCCAGCAGUGCUGCUGUGGGGUGGAGGAGGCGGUGGAUGGGGUGCGCUUCAUCGCAGACCACAUGAGGAGCGAGGACGACGACCAGAGCGUGAGCGAGGACUGGAAAUACGUGGCCAUGGUGAUCGACCGCCUCUUCCUGUGGAUCUUCAUCUUCGUCUGCGUCUUCGGGACCAUCGGCAUGUUCCUCCAGCCGCUCUUCCAGAACUACGCCACCAACUCCCUGCUGCAGCUCAACCACGGCCCGCCCAGCUCCAAAUAG